AUGCCAUUCAUUGUGACUCCUGAAGGAAAAAUCCUGGCACAGUCUAGUACAAUUAUGAAGUACAUCUGCAAAAAAGGAGGUGAUGUGUUGAACGGAAUUUUUUAAUCAGCAUAUCGUUCCUACCGUAGCCUGCGAGCAAACUCUCCUUUUCGAGCCGCGAGAGACCGCGUGAGCGAGCGGCCCAACCCUCGCGCGCAUCUCCUUUAGUGUGCGGUUCUUGCGUGACUUUUCGCGACUACCCCAGAAGGAGAGCUGGCUCGCCGGCUACUCCUGGCCCCGGUUGUUCAAACGUUGAAUAGCGCUAUCUACCAGAUAAAUCACUAUUCAGCGGAUAAGUAUUGGGGAAACUAAUUGCACUAUCCACUAAAUACAGAUUUAUCCGAUGGAUGGCGCUCUCCAGCCUUUGAACAACCAAAGCCUGCUCAUUAGCCUCCCACGCAGACUUUUUUUUGGAGCGUCGUUACGCGUUCUUUCCCCAAACGGAAAGCGAGGCCCUAAGAGCGUCUGCGUAGGAGGCUACCUGUCGAUAUAGUUUAUAAAAGAUUCAUUCAUUCGUUCAUCCAACCACCCAUCCAUCCAUCCAUCCAUCCAUCCAUCCACCAAACUGUCCGUCUGUUCGUUCGUUCGUUCGUUCGUUCGUUCGUUCGUUCAUCAUUCUUCCAUUCUCUCUUUUCUUUUCUUUUUCUUUCUUUCUUUUUCUCUUUUCUUUUCUUUUCUUUUUUUUCUCUUAUUCCUUGUCUCCGUGUCUUUUUUUCUCCUUUUCAUUCUCUCCUUCCUACUAUUUCUUCUUUUCCUUUCUUUCUUUCUUUCUUUUUUCCUUCUUACUUUUUAUUAGUUAAGAAGGCGUAUGCUGGAUUAGCUUUAAUUUUUAUUUAUGGUGAUUAGGUUUGUGCCCAGCCAACAGUUUUGAUGAAGCGACAGCGGAUAUGAUAAGUGAUGGAGUCGUUGAUUUAGUUCUGCAAUUUGUCAAGAUAUACUAUGAGAAAGACGAAACCAAGAAGGUAAUGCAAAAGUUAAUGUCCGUUUCAGUACCCCACAUACAGAGCCUGUCAGGCUUUACUCCUGAGAUUGCAAAUCAGUCGGUCUUUUUCUUUAAAUCGGUUUUGCAAAGCGCUUCGCGCGAUAUUAGGGAGUUUGAGCAACGACGUUUUUGAGCGACGCGAGUCAACCGGAAGUGAACCUUUUUGCAAUGUUGGGCCGUGAUUUUUAACAAAGUUUCUAGCAGAUCGUCUCUAUCAUAAUAAAGUAUCUGAGCAAUACAAAUUAGGUAGCAUCGAGGCAUAUUAAAAGGAAAAGGACUCACUCACUUCCGGUGAAGUAAGUUGCUUAAACUCUCUAUUUUCGAGCGACGCACGUGGACCUUGCACGCUCCUAGGGCGUGUGUUGCGAGAAUGUCCCCAGUCUCACUCUCCGUUUUCACCCUCUCUCUAGGCCUUUCUUUCGACCGCUCGUGCGCGCGCGUUCUUAACCUAGGCAAAAAUACGGCCUGUUUUGCAGUCUAGAUUAACUCAAGAUGCCAGUUCUGACCCUCAGCGCCAGACAAUGCUUAAUUUGCUGUGGUGAGAAUUGAACAAGGUCUUGAAGGGUAUUUUCGGGAUUCGGGAUUUGACCAAAAUACGGUCCGGGAUUCGGGAAAACGCAAACUAUCUUGACGGGAAAAAGGAUUUUAAUACUACCCUGGAAGCGCGAUUCGCCAAAAUUUAAGCACGGAAUGCGGGAUGUUUUUGCCUGUAUGUCAGUUGUAAAUUCGGGAAAUCAUAUGAGUGAGCGGCAAAUGCGAAUCAACGGGGCGCGUGUUGAGUGUUGUCUCCUUUCAAACCAAACUGUGUGCCUUGUUUGUUUAAUUUGUUUUUUGUUUAUGCAAACAAAAGAGGAAUUCGGGAAAAAGAUAUGGAAAAAAACAGCGGGAUGUGGGAUUUUCUUAAAAAAGGAGCGUUUGUGUGGGAUCAGGACCCCACCCCUUUUCAUCCCCGUUCCCUUCCAAACCGUGAUUGAAGUAAAAUACUAGGCUUGGCUAGAAGAACUUGUUUCACAUAAUCGCAUUCGCGUGCCAUGAAAAAGUAUAAAGAAGGCAUAUAAAUUGACGUCAGAACAGUAUGGGGUACUUACUACUUCGUUAGUUGUUUCUGUUCUAAGGAAAUGCCUUAAAGUGAUUUUCAAGAAGUCAUUCAACGUAUACAUAAAUAAACGUUUUAUCCACAAAAAAUGAUAUCUUUGUGAUGUAACGCUUGAGAGGCAAGGAUGAAAUUUAUAGUUUUAGGGGUAUAACACAUCCAUAGAGGUUACCGAUCCAAAAACAGUUAACUCUCGCCUUGCGGACACCCUGUUGUAACGGACAUCUCAAUAAUACAGAGAGCAUCUAAAUCCCAAGCAAAAAAUAAAUUACAGAAGUUUGACUGAAAUAAAAUUCCGCUAUUGCGGACUCUCGCUAAUGAGGACACUAAGUUAAGGUCCCUACAGUGUCCGUUUUAAAAGGAGCUGACUGUUGUAAAGCGCCAAAAACUAGGUCAGUCGCUUAGCCGCUGGUCAUUUAGAUUGCAGAGACGUCUAAAUUUAAAACAGAAACUAACCUUGUUCAGUCGUAGCAGCCUUAAGAGAACACCAUUGGGAGCAGAGAAAACGGACUGUUUGUCUUUUAAUCUGGCCACUUACGGGAAAGGGUCUUGUAAACGAAGAUUUUACGCGGGUUUUAUUAACUAAAGGUUGUCGUAAGUCCCGGGGGGAAGCUAAAGGUACUUAUUACUCGACAAGAAAUUUUACUGGUGGGCACCGUCCCGAGGUCCAACCCCUUCAGUCAUUUUUAAGACCCUGGGCCGGUUCCUGAAAGGUCUGUUAGCGCUAAUCCAGGAUUAAAAUUUUGUUCCACUUCUUUGUAUUUACCUUCCAUACAUUGCUUAGAGUAACAUUUUGAAUUAUUAUAACUGUAUCUAAGAGUAAAGGCGCAACCGUAUUUUUAACCUUGAGUUACAUGUUCUUAGACAAGAAAAGCGUGCUUAAAAUUUGGCUUAAUCCUGCGUUUAAUGUAACCAUCGUUGGAGGAACCGGGCCCUGAAGAGGAAAGGCCGUGCUUUUAGAAGUAUUGGCAAUAAUUAUAUUUCCAACUGUAAAAACAGCCUUGCUUCUUUCCGUUGUCCAACUCCUUACCCGCGUUUAAUUAUAUACCUUCUUUGACGGAAAAGGUAUCCCUUACGCAAACCUUAUAUUGAAAAAUCGCGUCCCUUUCACAUACCUAGUUAAAAACUUUGCAUCCCUUUUAACUGCUGUAAAUGCACUGUUAUUAAAAAUUGCUAAAUUACAAAACCAAAACGUUUUUUCAUAGCCAUAAAUUGCAUUUGUUAGCCCUUUUGGACCUUUUAACUGGCAAAAAUUACAUACGUCCCUACUCUUCCAUAAACUUUUGUCAAUUAAUGAAAUUCCUUCCCUUUCAUAUACCUGAAGCCUGAAAAAGGUACCCCUUUCGGGCGAAGCCUCCCCGUAUAAGCCAUUUAAGCCAUUAUAGGGAGUUCCCCCCCCCCCGGCCUUAAGUGGAGUCGUCCCAUUGCCAGUUCAUCCGUAUACAGGGAGCUUAGAGAAGUACUUCUCAGUUUUGCCCCGUGUACAAUCCUGUGGGCUUACUUUUUCCAGUUUCCCAGAAUUUAGUUUCAUUGAUGACCUACAUUUUGUUUUCCUUAAAUGAAGGAAGAGCUGAAAAAGGAGUUUUAUGGAACGACGCUUCCUCCCCGACUCGAGAAAUAUGAAGCUCUUCUCAAAAACAGGGAUGAAGGCAAGGGCUUCUUUCUAGGCGAAAAGGUGAGAUAAGGAAAAAAUUAAGCAAAGCAUAAUGCAAAUUAAGCAUAGCAAGGGGAUUAGGCCUGCUUAGAACACUAACGAGUAUAGAGCGUUUUCACUCACGUGGUCAGCAAAACAAAAGAAAGGUUUUACAUAAGAAAAGAGUUCAACUUCCACAGGACUGGUUUGGAACACCAACAUAGCCGCCGUUUCAUUGUUUUGGGGCACCAAUAUGGAAGCCGUGACGUCAUGUGAAAACGAUCAAUAGUAAUUAAGUCAUAAAUAAAACGUUGAUAGCCUUCGAAUUCAGCCUUCUCUCAUCCUUCUUGCCACUAGGGACGUCCCAAGCGGUGAUCGAGAAGCGAGAAGAGACACCUUUAUCUGCAGGCUAAAACGAUGACCGCUCCCUGAGCCUUCAAAGUUCAACCCGUCCCAAAGAAAGUCUUUUCAAAAAAUUUUAAAAUAUAGCAACGUCAGCACAUUUUGCAUGGCACUGAGCAGCAUGAAUUCCUAGCGUGACGUCUUCCCUUCUGUUACUCUGUAAAUUUGGUGCGCGUCAGGGGUUUGAUCAACAAUUUUUUUAAAUAGGGAGUGCUAUGACAGUGACGACAACAAAAACGUCAAAAUCUAAUAGGUUUAGUGAAUAGUCACGGCAACAACUCUUCUGAGACGUGUCUUAUUUUAGAACAGCCCUUAGCAGCUGUUCUUAGAAAAACGUCGUAUACAUGGCCUUCGCGUCUUAAAUAAGGCGCAAACGCAUAGUAAGCAUGCGUUAAUUUUUGGCGGGAAAAUUUUCGCUUGCCCCGCGGUGGACUGGCAGGCUACUGGCAGGGAAAAGUUAUUACAUAUUACAACGCGUUUUCGAUUCCUUGGGCUGCCGUCUAUUCUAAGACUUUUAAGCUUUAUUGUUUCUUAAUUCGCUCAUGUAUAAUGAGCACGCUGACAAAGACAAAACGAAACACCGAAACACGUGGUCCACCGCUGAAGAAAAGGAUUUUUUGUUGUUAUGCAAGGAGAGGGCAAUAGCAGAUCUCGAGGACAAAUGUUGGAUUGCCGUUGCUACGGGCAACAUUCACAUGGAUACGAGUCAAGAACAGAAAUAAGACGCGAACCAUAUUUACACGAGCUGUUUUCGUCUUAGAUAAGACCUGCUCAUAUAAAUGGUACAGUUCGCGUCUUAUGUAACACGCGUCUUAUUUUUCCUCGUAUUAAUGGCCCUCGUAUGUGCGGUUACACGGGACAUUUUUUUAUUUACCAUGGUAAAUAUUAAUGACCCUUUUACCGUGGAAAAUUGCUUCGGUGCGUGUGACCGGACUUUCCCGAGAUAAAUUUACCAUGGGAAAUAUCCAUGGUUGCGUCAAAAAUAGCAAAGAAACCGCUUAUAACAUUAAACUUGGUAAAAAGCAAGGGUUUUCCGAUACCCAAGGCAAAGCAGCCAAUCAGAUUUCUUCAACAUGAAACCCCAAACAAUUGUUUUUUUUUAAAAGGGUUUCUUUGGCACUGUUGAGAGAAAGAUCGAUGGUGACAUGACAGAUUUCACGUGAAGAUGAAAGAAACAGGGAAAUUUUGAGGCAAAAUUUUGAACUGGUUUGUUGGGAUAGAUUUAGAAAAGAUAUUUCCCCAAAAUAAGUUUUAUUCCUGGUAUAUAUCGAACCGUUGGAUGCAGCUGAACAGUAAAAUCGAACUAUAUACCUUCGCUAAUUAUCAUGAAUAACAUACCAGUUGAAAUUUCAGCUAUAAAAUUAUAGGUAAAUUUUCAACAUAACAUAAAAUACUGCCAUUGUCGACGGCGGUUAUUACCGUAAUUGCGCGAAUGAAGCCGUAAACUGAAAGCGGCUUAAUUACCUUAAUGGCAUCUAAACUAAACCCACCCACAUUAAAUUUACCACGGCUUCGUUAACGUGGGAAAAGCCUUUUACCAUGGUUUGUGUAACCGCAUCUAUUGCCUGAGGCUUGCAGCACACACUCAGAAGAAAGGCUACCCUAAUCCUACGCCCCUGGCGUAACUGCGAUUUCUUUCUGUUUCUUAUCUGCAGCUGAGCUAUGCCGACAUCACUUUCUUUGACUUCUUUAACAACUUCCAAUCGAAGGGUAAAGAGGAUGUUCCUGGAGAACUUGAGAAGUUCCCGCUCUUGGUGGAGCAUUAUAAGCGGGUGUUAAACGUGCCCGAAAUAAAUGAGUGGGUAAAGAAACGCCCUGUAACCGAAUAUUAA